AUGCUUCUGUUCCGGGUCGGGAACGUGCAAUUAAUGCCAGCAUUGGUCACAGUCAUGCUGUUAGACCAAAACGAGUCUGCUGUUUUUGGUGUGCGGUUUCGCCACAAACAACCGCACACUCACUACAGCCAUCGGGCAGGCCAGGCCGUUCAUACCAUCCUCGCGCACUACAAAAUGUCUAUCUAUCGAAUGCAAUUCCCAUCGAAGCCGCUCGAUUUGAUGGCUUUUCUGGAGCUUGGCAAGACGACUGAUCUGAAAGCUGAGGAAUUUGCCGGGUCAAAAUCAGCAUUUAUAUGGGAUCAGAAUGGAGACCUUUUGGCGAAACAAACCAUUGUCAAGUACACGCCCACGCAAGCGUACUGCAUCUACUCGGAUUGCAGUGACAUGGUGGCCGAAAAGAACAUUCGUGUAAAAGAAGAAGAAGACGCACAUCAUCUGAAACUCGUUUCCAUUGAGAAAGAACGGGAGAACCGUCGUCUUCUGCCGCUCUACAUUCAAUUUCAUACAGUUGCUGAAGCACGACCUGCAGAAGCACAUCUCAUAGACCGCCUUUCUGAAAACGCACUCGGCCGAUUCAAUCUCGAACUCAAGAAGAACGUCACCCAUGAUUCGUUUGCAGAAUCCGAUUCGUGGAGAGAUGAAGCUGGCUUCAUCGUCACUGACCGCAAUCGUUUCGCCUAUAAGACAUUCAACUCCUCCGUUCUACUCUCAUCACUCACACCAUCUGACGAUACAAAGGUAACGAAAUAUACGGCCAACGAUAUGGAUGCACUUUGCGAUUUCGACCAUUCCGUAUGUGGAUUCAGCAGAGAGCAAGCAAUCGAGUUCGUGGUUGCCAACUCCACGGUUUUCGUCGCCAAGGGUGAUAGCUGCAUAAAUGGUAUGCUCGCCUGCAGAGGAAACAAGGUGUGUGAC